GGGGCCUGAGGUGGACUCCCUGUUGUGAUGGCCAGGAUUAGUCAAAGGACCUGCUUACCUGGAAUACAUCUCAGCACCCCAAUCAUCAUCCUUAUCCAAGAGUUAUCACUACAAGCCAUUGAAGUGGAAACUUCUGGUUUCUUUGGAAAGUCAAAUGUGUCAAAUGACAUUUUGCUGGAGCAGAUGGGUGAAAGAAUGUUAUGCUAAACCAGACACGUGAAAGAAUGUUUUGCUCUAGCAGACACGUGGCAGGACACGUGAUGUUCAGAAGGAAUAUGAAUGUGACCCCACAGACAUGGAAGGCAUUGGUUUGCUUUUCUCUGCCUCACUAGUCUUCGCUGACGUCAGGCAUAUAUCGGUUCACCUUAUGUUCUGUUACUGAGCUUCGCUGUGGCGGCAUCAUAGAGAAAACUUGCCAAGGAACUUCUCGUGGCAUUCCUGGAUUGAACUGCCCCUGCUGAUUCGUAUGUGGCAUCUGCUGAGUGGACUGGCCUGCAGCUGCUGUUUCACGUUCGGUGUUUGCUAGUGGACCGGACUGAGAACAAGGAGUACAAAGAAUUAUUUCUAAAAGAUUCACCUCCCCACACCCUAAUAACGUUCUUUUCCACUGCCUCUGCUGGGUGGUGGGCUAGAGUGGAGGUGGGACCCUUAUUAAAGCAGGCUGUGAAAUAUAUAUGCCAACAGGCAUGAAUAGGUGCCAGAAAGAGAGGGGGACAGAGAGAACCUGCCAGCUUACAGUAAGAAAGGGCAAAGUGAGGAUUAGAGAAAAGAGUUCCUUCCGUGGCCUUCGGGUGAAGCACCAGUGGGGUUCCCACACGUGAAACAAAAGGAACGAGCAGACAGUGGAAGGGACUCACAGGGACCAUCUCUUAGCCCCACGCUCACUCUCAAACAAAUCAGAGAAAUCAGAACAAACAGAUCUAACUCAGCUACGUGUGGGAAUGAACUUGUUCACUGUGAAUGGAGAUUUCAGGCUAUUUUUCUAAUUCAUCGAUCUUGUCUCUGAGCUUCAGUUCUCCUUGAGUGGGGAGAUGGUAAUGGUCUUUCUGAAUAAACAAACAAACUGUGUCUCAAGAAACUACAGUAAAAACCAAAACAACAACAACAACAACAAAAGAAAACAACUCAGGGAGACCUCAGACUAGACCCAGUGUAUGCCUGAGACGGACAUUCAGUGGUUAGUGCUGAGCUGAGGUCAUAGUUAGUAGGCGCCUCUCCUGGGUUCCCUACAAUGCAUGCUCACCUUCCCCAACAGCUAUGCACCCUCCAGGAUGCUUUCUGCCAUUGCUCUGGGCCUCAUGUAGAAGAGGGUUGUAGAACAUUUCUUAGCUCUCCUAGUAAAGGUGUUCCUAAUGCAAUCACAUUUUAAAUGUAUGCUAUAACUUUUUUUCUUCCAAUCAUUUAUCAUAUCAUCAAGCUUGGUCCGCAGAUGUGAUGUAUAUAUUUCUUCGUCUCUGAAAUACACAUCAUGGAUCAUGCUUUAUCUUGUGUUUCCUGAGCUCCUGUUUUUUGAGUUCUUUCUAAACAUUUGCUUUGACUUUUCUUUCAUAUUAAUAGCUUUGGAAAGUAUGUGGUGAUUUUUGGUUGAUUUUAUAUAACCUUAAGCACUGAGAGGCUGAAUGACAAACCUAUGACCUGGGUAGGUCACAUCAGAAGCAAAUGAGUGGAGCUGGCCUUUGACAGUUGCAAGCACAUCAUCUGUGGUCUUUCCUCCUCCUUGAGACAGUUGUAUUGAAUUUCACUUGGAGGCUAUUAUGUCAGGCAGCAUCUUAUUCAGGGUUUCUAUUCCUGCACAAACAUCAUGACCCAGAAGCAAGUUGGGGAGGAAAGGGUUUACUCAGCUUACACUUCCACAUUGCUGUUCAUCACCAAAGGAAGUCAGGACAGGAACUCAAGCAGGUCAGGAAGCAGGAGUGAUGCAGAGGCCAUGGAGGGAUGUUACUUACUGGCUUGCUUCCCCUGGCUUGCUCAGCUUGCUCUCUUAUACAACCCAGGACCUCUAGCCCAGGGAUGGCACCACCCACAAGGGGCUGGGUUCUUCCUCCUUCAUCACUAGUUGAGAAAACAUCUUACAGCUGGGUCUCAUGGAGGCAUUUCCUCAAGGGAGGCUCCUUUCCCUGUGAUAACUCCAGCUUGUGUCAAGUUGACACACAAAACCAACCAGCACAGACAGCAAUUAAGUUGCUUCUAAGGGGCAGACUGGAGAGGGUCCUGGCUCAGAGUUCUGAAUGCAGGUUUUUAUUUUGUCUUCCCGUUUGGAUUAUGGCACCAUAACUGUGAUUUUAGCUACCCUGUCCUUCUAUACUCAUGUUUCUUUAACUUUGUAUGGGAGAAUGUGUCUGCUCACCCAUAGACCAACAAUAGACCAAAGUAACAAUUUACCCACACGCAGCUCAGUGAGCCAAUGAGGAUUCUGGGCUUACUUACAGAACAUAAAUAAGAGAAUAUAACAGAAUUGGGGAUAGCCUAAAGCAUCCAGCUGCAUUACUGCAGAGUCCCACCCCAUCGUGAAGGACCAUGUCAUGGAAGCCACGUCAUGGAGUUUCCCCUUUCAGCAAACAUAUAUUAUGCUCAAGCAACACCUAGGAUCACUAGCAGUUGGGAGAGAGCAGAAAGGAAUAAUGGCUAGACUCCAUGAUGAGGCUCCCGGCUUCUCCUUCCUCUGCCUUUUAAGAAAUAUUGGCAAUACUAUUACCAUUGCCUGGCUGUUCCUUACUGUUCUACUCUACAUUGCCACAUGUACUCUCUACACCAAGAUGGUGAUCAUUUUCUGCCUGGAGGAGCAAGCCGCACUGCAGCCACCUGGGAUCUGCACCUGAACGCACUCUGCCAGCUGAGCUACAGCCCAGCUCUUCAGCCUCAAGUCUCAAACCCAGAGUGUCCACUUCAUUCUCUCCAAGGAGUGAUUGCCCCAUUCUUCCUCCAAGGCUCAGAAGGGGCAACGGACUCUUCUCCAUCCCAGGAAAGAAGAUGGUGGCCUUUAAAUGACUUCACAAACCGACUUCUAACCUGUCCUGUUGUCCAUGGGCUGCCUCCAGAUUCUCUUAGUUUUUCCAGAUUGUAGGGCAAGAUCCAGACUGCUCUGCCUUGAUUUCUCUUUCGGUGGGCACUUGGGGGUUUGUUUCAUCACAUCUGGUAUUCCUGUUCUUCCUCUAUGGCUUAGAUCACUUAGAUCACUGUUUUUUUUUUUUAACUGUUUUUGCCUUUCCCAAGUAUUUUUAGGUAUUGGAAGGGUUGGAGCACUGUAUCCAGUGCACUUCUUCUAACAGGGUUAUAGGUACAUUCUAUAGACUCCCAUAAGUUGUGGCAAAACUUUGACCUUUGAAGUUGGUUUCCAUUCAAGGGCUACAGUCAAAUAUCAGACAGAUCCACAGUCAACCCCCAACUUCCUGGCCUCAUCAUAAUCAAUUCCUUUAUCUUUGGAAACAGGAUAAAGAACUAAGUAUGGACACAUGACUGCAUUUAUUUUUCAUUGCAACUUGACAGAAUUGUCUGGGACCUACAAACAGCCUUUAAAACAUGACCAAAGACAUGUAUGCUCUACAAAGGCCGAGUGAGCUCUCUGCCCACCAUUAUGUGUGCUGGCCCUUUUAUUUGUAAGUCGUUUGCUCACUAUUUUGAAUAAAGCAGAAAUUAUAAUUGAAUAGUAAGUCCUGCACCUGGAGAAAGACCUUUUGAGAUCAGAACCACCUCCUGGCCUCUAAAGUAGUCCCACUGGAUGGCUGAUACCAUCUUGGCUCUGGAUGCUAAGCAAACAUUUGCUUAUCCCAUUCCUGAGAGGUCAAGUUCAUCACUGUUCAAAUGUUUGUAAUAAAAAAAAAACAGUUUUGUUAACAGAAGGGACAAAGCCUGGCAGAUAACAAGGAUGUGGUCUUGUGCACUGAGUCAGGAAGGGCACAAGGCAGCUAGCCAGGACCUUCAUCUGGUUCCUGCUAUUUAGAAUCCCCCAAGUCUCAGCACUUGUUAUUAAAGAAUCAAAGUUAAUCUGGAAAAAAUGGCAUUAGUCAUGAUUUUGAUGCUCAAAUAACCACUUAGAGCCAAAACUAAUGUUCUUUAUUUUUGGUUGUGAGCCUAACUUUUGCUUUAAAUUUUUUUUUUUCCGGAGCUGGGGACAGAACCCAGGGCCUUGCGCUUGCUAGGCAAGCGCUCUACCACUGAGUGAGCCUAACUUUUAAUGACUCAGCCAUCUCUCCAGCCCCCAAACUGGUAUUCUCUAGGCCAAACGGGGCAACUCCCAUCGUUGAAAAAGAGAUUUAACUAUAAAAUUGGCAUUUCGUAUGGCUCCAGGACUUCCUUCCUAGGCAGAUCCUGGGCAUGCUUGUUUGGGGGUUUCGGACGGUGUUAAAGAAUGCGUGCACAGCACCCCGAGUUGGCGGCUUCUGAAGGCAAUGCUCCGCUGCACGUGUUUGUUGGGUCACUUGGAUUUUUAAAGCCCCACUACUCCUAGCAACCCUUUUAUAUUCUUACGUGGAAAUGCAUUUGGGGAGAGGGAGACAAGACUCUGUGUGGAAGAUGUUUGGAAAGUUGUUCACAUGAGCUUUAUACUUAAAGAUAGUUUUAUGGGUCCAGAUCCAAAACGGCGGUGAUAGCUCCUGGAUUUCUUGCCUGUUAGGUGUAUCUUGAACCAUUGAGGAUGAUCAGGGCCCUCGCUCUUCUUCCUCACAUUGCCCUGAGGGGUGAACAUGCCGAGGGUCUUCCUGAAGUCACACUGUUGAGCACACAAGGGAUCCAAGUUCAUCACUAUUCCCAUCUCUGCAUCAGAACUAGGCGCUCUCUCUCUCUCUCUCUCCCUCUCUCUCUCUCUCUCUCUCUUAUAACUUUCAUGUGACUCAACUUCACCCAGCAAAAAGAUGAGUAGAGAGAACCCCAGCUUAUCCCACAGCACUGGUUUGCACUACUGUUACUCUUGGUGUGGAUCAGAAAGCACACAGGGUUUUACUGUCACCUUUUCUUCUAUCAAAUGAUGAGCAGUUCACUCAUCUUCUGUUCCUUUGCUUAUGCUAGGAGAUGACAUAAAUAAGAAACUUAUUAAAAAAACAAACAAACAAACAAACAAACAAACUGUUUGCUAGGCAUGGUGGCACAUGUCUUUAAUACCAGCACUCAAGAGGUGGGAGAGUUCAAGAACACCCUUGUCUAUGUAGCAAUUUCCAGACCAGCCAGUUGCACAGUGACACCCUGUCUCAAAAAAAAAAAAAAAAAAAGGUUAAAAAAAAAAGAAAGAAAAGAAAAGAAAGAAAGAAAGAAACCAAAGUGCUGAUUUACAACAAUUCAAAAUUUAUAUUACAACCAAGAAAAUCUAAAAAAGGAAACUGACUAAACAAAGUCAUAGCAGGCUAAAUACUGGGAGAUUCAUGGUUUGGAGAGAUGGCUCAGUGGUUAAGAGCACUGACUGCUCUUCCAGAGGUCCUGAGUUCAAUUCCCAGUAACCACAUGGUGGCUCACAACCAUCUGUAAUGGGGUCUGAUGCCCUCUUCUGGUGCGUCUGAAGACAGCGACAGUGUACUCAUAUAUAAUAAAUAAAUCUUUUUUAAAAAAGAUUCGUUUUGUGGGAAGGUCUGUGUAAGAGAAUUUAAAGUGAAAAGAAGAUGAAUGCAAAAUGCACACAAAACAAUUUAAUUUUAAAAGACCGUUAAUUUAGGGGCUGGGGAUUUAGCUCAGUGGUAGAGCGCUUGCCUAGGAAGCGCAAGGCCCUGGGUUCGGUCCCCAGCUCCGAAAAAAAAGAGCCCAAAAAAAAAAAAAAAAAAAAAAAAGACCGUUAAUUUCUAGACAUACUGUGUUCUAAGCAGUGAAACAACUGCUUUAUUUCUCUUUGUAUUGCUGACAUUCAAGAUGAAACAGAGUGAGCUUCUUGCUCUGGAAGCAGGGUUAGCUCCCCGUUCUUUGUGAGCCAAGUCUUUGAACAAUAUCAUUUCAUCGUUCUCUCUAGACCAGAAUAUCUCAGUUCAAACACUGGGGGGAAAUGCUUUUGAAGUUUGCAGAUCAAUAAGAACUUCCUGCUUUGCAUGAAGCUCAAAAGGUAGAGACCCCAAACCAGAGAGGGUGAAGGGAGUUGAGAGAUGCUUAAAUACUGGGGCCUGAUUGCUCGGGGCAGUCACUGAGGUGGUUCCCAGGCAACAUGAAGGCUCUCCCAACUCUCCUCACUCUGGGGCUCCUCCUGCUUUCCAUCACAGUCCAGGGCAAGGUCCUCAACCGAUGUUUGCUAGCCAGAACUCUACAAAGAUUUGGACUAGGUGGCUUCAAAGGAAUCAGCCUGGCGAAUUGGAUCUGUUUGGCUAAGUCGGUGAGUGGUUAUGACACAAAAGCUAUAAAAUACAACCAUGAAGACCGAAGCACCAACUAUGGGAUAUUUCAGAUUAGUAGCCGAUACUGGUGUAAUGACAGCAAAACCCCAGGAUCAAAGAACUUUUGUCGGGUGUCCUGCAAAGCUUUGCUGAAGAAUAACAUCAAGGCUAGUGUAACUUGUGCGAAGAGGAUCGUGAAGGAUCCACGAGGAAUUACUACAUGGUAUGUUUUCAUUGUUAAAGAGGAAAACUGCGCGGGGGCAGGCAUUGUACGUUCCUUUAAUCCAGCACUCUGGCCUAGGCAGAUGCAGGCCAAAGAUCACUGCCGAAGGUCUCUGUGAGUUUGAGGCCAAACAUGGUCUACAGAGUGAGUUCCAGGACAGCCAGGGCUACACAGACAAAGCCUAUCUGGGGGAUAUUGGGCAGGGGGAGGGUGCUAGGUGGGAUGAACUGCUUUAAGCUCCCCUCCCACUGACACCUAAGAGCAGACAUUCUAAGAACAAAAUAAUGGCAUUUCUUGGCUCAGCGUGUAAGAAACUCAGAAUCCCCCACUUCUAUUCCUAGAGUCACUUUAGGAUACUCUGAGAAUUCCCACAGUCAAGGACUGAGGAGAUGACUCAGUAAACGUGUUGGCUUCACGAGCAUAAAAACCUGAGAGUGCUUUCCAAACCCCACAAAAAACAGCCAGGCGUGGAGGUGUGUGCUUGCUGUCCCAGGGGCGGUGCUGGCCAGGCAGCAUAGCCAACUGGGUGAGCACCAGGCCCAGCAGGAGACCCUGCCUCAAAAAACUGACAUUCUCCUCUAUCCUCUGCACACAUGGCGGGCAUGCACGCACACACGCACACACACACACACACACACACAGUCAUUUCCCUCACUCUACUCCUUCCUUGCCAUAUCUUAAAACUGUCCAUAAGAAAAUGAAAUGCAUGACUCAACACAAUUUCCUCUGUCCUGCGCUCCCGAGAGGGUGUUGGGAGAAGCAAUGCACUUGUGCACACACUGAGUCACUGCUUUCUGGAUGCACCUGUUGCUCAUGUUUUAUUGUUUAUAUAUUAUUUUGGCUCUCAAGAGUUUGGAAGUGUGCAUCUCAUAAAGAAGAUGGAUUUGAGCCCUUUUCUGUUUGCUUUUCUUUACAGGGAGGCAUGGAGGAAAAACUGUGAGCACAAAAACCUCUUUCAGUACGUUCAGGGCUGCAGUCUAUAACCGCUUCCCUGCUCAGAUCAUUCGCUCUUUCUCAGAGCAUGGCAAACAAGUUAGGUCAAAGGUCACCCUGCUGUAGUUCCCCUUCGGACAAAGUGGAGCUGCACAGGAGCGAGAGCUAGAAGAAAUGAGUCUUCUGAGAAACUUCCUGUCCACUGGUUUCUCUGUGCAGUCCUGGUUGUCCUCAAACUCACUCUGUAGACCAGGCUGGCCUCAAACUCAGAGAACCGUCUGCCUCUGCCUCCAGAGUGCUGGUCUUAAAGGCUUACACCACCAUCACCACCCAGCUACCUAGUGUGAUUAUCAUUUGAUGAUAAGCCUAGAUUUUUCAGCUUGUGAGUGAAACUGAAGUGGUAGAGUAUUUCUCUAACUCCUUGCUUUUCAAAUGCUUCUCUAACAUGCCAUUCUCCUUCAACAAAGGAACUCAGGUUUAAUCAUGAACAAUGGACUCUUCCUCAUACACACACACACACACACACACACACACACACACACACACACACACACACACACUCAGCUUAGGCAAAACUCACAGCUAUGGUGGUAUCUGAUCCCUUCGUCUGUUUGAACUACUCCAAAAACCUUAAAGUUGUCCACUGUUGGGUAAGGCAACAUUUGCAAAGGUGACUUCUAAAUGACUGAACUCAGGAGACUUAGCUGUUGUUUUCCUGUACUGACCUUUGGCUGCGGCGUUUGCCUGACGUGCUUGAGAAAUAAAUGUACCCCUGCUUGUGACAAUCUGUGCCCCCCUUGGCUGACUGUUCCUGUGCAUCUUACUGACCAAGAGGGAUCCAUGAGCUGUUCUGUCCUGAAUUUUCUUAAACUUACAUUCAGACAUUUCAUCCACAUCCGAGAUAGACAAGUUUGCGUUGGAAUUAACAGCAGCAGUGAAGGUGUUCGUGCAUUGAAAGUGCACAUAUUGACAUUAGUGGAUUUGCAAUGCACAUACUGUCUGCCACCAUUACACUCCUCUAGUGUCCACGGAGAAAUAAUGACAUAUAAUAUAUAAGUAUAUACGGUAUCUUGAAUUUCUUCUGGAUCCUCGCCAAAUGUCAAUAGCUGUGGUAGGAAAAGCCAAUGGUGUGUUGUAGUGCUUGUUUUCCUGUUGCUGUGAUAAACACCAUGGCCGAAAGCAAACUGGGGAGGAAAGGGUUUCUCUCAGAUAACAGUUCAGCAAUGAGAGAAGUCAGGGGGUAGAGGGUGGGGAGGAACUAAAGCAGAAGCAGAGGGAAGAGGAGGAGAAAGCCACUCUCAGCUCAACCUAGCCACCUUCCUAACACAGUGAAAGUCGCCCACACGGGACUGCGUCAAUCAGGGAAAUGUCCCCACAUUUCAAUCUGGUGACGGCAAUUCUUCCCUCUAGGGACUAUUGCAGUUACCCAUCACAUUCAUCAACAAAUCUGGCAUUAAAGAUAUAGAUGCA